AUGAUAAACUCUACACAGGUUUCAUAUUUCAUACUUGCUGCCUACUUUGACACUGGGGAUUUAAAAUACUUAUAUUUCAUUGUCAUUAUGUUUGUUUUUAUUUUAAUUAUUUGUGCUAAUCUGUUGCUCAUUGUUGUUAUCUGUAUGAACAGAGGGUUACAUGAACCUAUGUACGUGUUUAUGUGCAGCCUGUUUGUCAAUGACCUGUAUGGUAGUACAGCUUUGUUUCCAUUCCUCCUGGUUCAGAUCCUCUCUGACAUUCACACUGUUUCUGUUUCCUGUUGUUUCCUGCAGGUUUUCUGUUUGUAUACAUAUGGAAGUGUAGAAUUUACCAAUUUAGCCAUCAUGGCUUAUGACAGAUACAUUGCUAUAUGUUUUCCUCUACAGUACAACACACGGAUGACGUAUAACAAGGUUCUCAUUCUCAUUGUUGUUAUAUGGUUACCUCCUUUUAUUGUUGUUUGUGUCGCAACAUGCCUGAGUGCCUCAUUACAGCUGUGUGGGAACAUCAUAAACAAAGUGUACUGUGGCACCUACAACAUCAUGAAACUGGCAUGCUCUGACACCAGUGUGAAUAUUAUCUAUGAAGUCAUUACUUUUUUUCUCACAGUAUGUGGUCCGGUGUCAGUAAUCCUUUACACGUACAUCAGGAUCCUUAAAGUGUGUUUUUCUGGCUCUACACAGACCAGACAGAAAGCUGUCAGUACCUGCUCACCUCACCUUGCUUCUCUGCUGAACUUUUGUUUUGGUUGUUUAUUUGAAAUAUUACAGAGCAGAUUUCACAUGAACAGUGUAGCUGGAAUCUUGCAAAUAUUUUUGUCAUUGUACUUUCUUACAUGUCCCCCGCUCUGCAACCCUGUAAUUUAUGGCCUGAACAUGUCCAAAAUACGCAUCAUGUGUACAGCUCUAUUUUCAAGUUUGGUUAGAAAGAGUAAGAGAAGACAAUGA